GUUUUUUUUCUUUUUCUUUUUUUGUUGCCUUUUGUUUAUGUGCUUCCAAUGCAAUUGUCUAUGUCUGCUGCUUCUGCACCCUCUCUUCAGUGCCUGCAAAUGGGGGAGGAAUCCUACUUUGAAUUUCUCGUUAUUAUUUGAUACCCUUCUCUUUUCUUCUCAUCUUGUAGCCCUCUGGUUGGGUAUCCUUCCAAAUAUGACUUUCUUGUUGUUUUUCUAUCCAUCCGCUACAUUCCUCUUCUGUUUUCACUUUGUGGGUACCGCCUCAAAAAUAUGAAUUCCUUACCGUGAUUUGACCCCAUUUCCAAUUUUCUAUUGUUUCGGCUUUUGUUGUACCCUUCUUAUGGCCACUUGAUUACUCUCAUCCCCUCAGUUUCUAUUUUUCUUUUUAAUAUUUUGUUAGUGGUUUGUUAUUUUGGGUGUACACUUAUUCGGCCACCCAAGAACGGCAGGGAGGUGUUCAUGGAAAUUGAUCUGAACUAUGCAGUGACUGAGGUAGAGAAGAAUGCAUAUUGUAAUGGGGACUGUGGCAAGGGUGGUUGUGUUUGCUGUUUGUCGUCUUCAACUUCUUCAUGUUCUUCAAAUUCGUCUACAGCUCCCGUUUCCUCUUCAAUUUAUCUGGAGCUUUGGCAUGCUUGUGCUGGCCCUCUCACCUCUCUGCCCAAGAAAGGAAAUGUGGUUGUCUAUUUCCCUCAAGGUCACUUAGAACAGGCUGCCUCAUCCACUCCCUUCUCACCCAUGGAGAUGCCAAACAUUGAUCUCGAACCACAGAUCUUCUGCAGAGUUGUCAAUGUCCAACUACUCGCUAAUAAGGAGAAUGAUGAGGUCUACACACAGGUUACUUUACUUCCUCAGCCAGAGUUGGUGGGGAAGAUUUUAGAGGGCAAAGUGCUUCAAGAGUUGGGGGUGGAUGAGGAUGGAGGUGGAGGACCGCCUACAAAGUCUACUCCUCACAUGUUCUGCAAAACCCUUACCGCUUCUGAUACCAGCACCCAUGGGGGGUUCUCUGUUCCUCGUAGAGCUGCUGAAGACUGUUUUCCUGCUUUGGAUUAUAAGCAGCAGAGGCCCUCUCAAGAGCUUGUUGCUAAAGACCUGCAUGGGGUGGAGUGGAGGUUCCGACAUAUUUAUAGAGGUCAGCCAAGGCGGCAUCUGCUCACAACAGGAUGGAGUGUUUUUGUAAGCCAAAAAAACCUUGUUUCGGGGGAUGCAGUUCUCUUUUUGAGGGGUGAAAAUGGAGAGCUGAGGUUGGGAAUUAGAAGAGCUGUACGACCUAGAAAUGGUCUUCCUGAUUCAAUUGUUGGCAAUGAGAAUUCUUAUCCAAAAGUACUUUCUCUAGUAGCCAGUGCGCUAUCCACGAAGAGCAUGUUCCAUGUUUUCUACUGUCCAAGGGCAAGUCAUGCAGAGUUUGUCAUAUCCUACCAAAAGUAUGUCAAAAGCAUCACCAAUCCUGUAACAACUGGAACGAGAUUCAAAAUGAGAUUUGAAAUGGAUGAUUCACCAGAAAGAAGGUGCUGUGGUGUAGUCACUGGAAUAAGUGACUUAGAUCCCUACAGAUGGCCCAACUCUAAAUGGAGAUGUUUGGUGAUCAGAUGGGAUGAAGAUAUUGCAAGUGAUCAUACAGAUCGAGUUUCCCCAUGGGAAAUUGAUCCUUCUGUUUCUCUCCCGCCGUUGAGCAUUCACUCUUCACCGCGGCUUAGAAAACUGAGGACAAGUCUACCAAUAAUCCCACCUGCCAACCCGAUCACUGUGAGAGGGGGUGGGUUUUUGGACUUUGGGGAGUCUGUAAGAUCCCCUAAGGUCUUGCAAGGUCAAGAAAAAGGUUUCAGAUCGCCCUUCUAUGGAUGUGAUACUGUAAACCACACACUGGAUUUUGAGAUGCGAUCCCCUGCACAUCAAAAUCAAUCGUCGAUUGGGAUAGGAAAGUCUAAUAUUGGUGAGUUUUUGAAGAUCCAUCCCACCACUUACUCAGGCAUUGCGGAAUUUGAUAGAUUUCCGAAGGUCUUGCAAGGUCAAGAAAUAUGCCCAUUACGAUCGUUGACAAGAAAAUCUGAGUUUAGUUUGGAUGCUUGGGGAAAACCAAAUCCUGGUUGCAAUCCUUCCAACAUGUAUCAAGAACCAAAAUCCAAUUUUUUCCCUCUGCAAGCAGAGACUAUUCAAAGCUUAUAUCUUCCCUAUAAUGACUUCUACCAAGCUGGCCAAAAUCCCAAAAUGCUCUCUCAUGCAACUAACGUACCAAGAGAAAAUGUCUCAUUCAACCCAUCUUCUAUUCAGACAGGGGUUAUGAAAAAUGAAUUUGGACUGCAAAAUCUACAAAAUGAACGUCAGCCGGCUGAAAAUGUGUCCACUGCCCCCAUUUCAGGGACAACUAUGAGAAAUCCAAAAGAUGAAAAAUUUAAUGGGAAUGUGGCUGGCUGUAAACUUUUUGGGAUUUGCCUGACUGGGAAAACUCCAAACUUGCAAAUUUCUGGUAAGAGGAGUUGUACUAAGGUUCACAAGCAAGGGAGCCUAGUAGGAAGAGCCAUUGAUCUCUCAAGACUGAAUGGAUACAGUGACCUGCUUAGUGAACUAGAGCGGCUGUUUAGCAUGGAGGGCCUUCUACGAGAUCUGGAUAAAGGAUGGCAGAUCUUGUACACCGACAGCGAGAAUGACGUGAUGGUCGUUGGGGAUGAUCCAUGGCAUGAGUUCUGUGAUGUGGUUUCCAAGAUCCAUAUAUAUACCAAAGAUGAAGUAGAGAAGAUGACCAUUGGAAUGACCAGUGAUGAUACUCAGAGUUGUUUGGAACAAGCACCGAUGGUAAUGGAAGCCUCGAAAUCUUCAUCAGUGGGUUAGCCAGGUUCUUCACCAACAGUGAUUGGAGUUUAAGUAUGAGUAUUGUCUUAAUUAUCAUUUAUGCUUCCUACGUUUGUAUGUGAAACUUAUGGACACCUGCAUCUGGUUACUUAUCUCCUGUCUAGUGAGCUCUAAGUUCAGUGGCUGCCACUGACAACAGGACAUAUAGAAUAAGUUCAGAGCUGUGUUUCUCCUCAUGGAUAUGUAGUGCUAUUACCAAUAAUGAGUGUAGCUUGCUCUAGUUGGUUUGUGUUGUAUACAAUUAUUGGUUUGUGGCAUUGUGUGAAAAGUAAAGCAGUUGUUUGUCCAUCA